CCUUUUUCCCAUUCUCUUGACUAACUAACUUGAUUCCUUUUUCAUCUCUCACUCAUCAUUCCAGAAUUCCUUUCUCAAGAAACCCUAGCGGUUAUCAUCUCUUCUUCACUGAUCCAAACCAGUGGCCGCCACCUUUCUCCAGGUUCCGAACAUGUCUAGCAAGCUUGAUAAAAGAAACGAUUAUGCUGACUCGGAGUUGGAAGAUUACAAGUUAAGAUGCUACGACGAUCUGAGAGAUAGGAAAACCAGAGUCCGAAUAUCACGCAAAUUGUUUGAAUGCCCUUACUGUUAUGACAGGAGAGGUAAGGAUUAUGAUUAUAAGGCUAUAAGAAAUCAUGCUUCUCGCAUAGGUUAUGACAUCAAGGGUGAAAGAUGGAAGGAUAGAGCUAGACAUUUAGCCUUGUUGAUGUAUCUGGAGAAGGAUGUAGAUGUAAUCAAUAGCUUAUCAUCCGACAGGAGACAUGAAAAUUAUGAUGAUAAUAGGAGUAGGAGAUCUUAUCGUUCCCCAACCAGGGAUAGGUCCAAAUACAAAAGUGGCGCAUCGCCACCAAAGUACAGACCAUCUCACGUUGUUGAGACUGAAGCACCAUUAUCAACUGCAGACGCUGCUGUUAAACCUGCUGAAAGACCUUCUGGAGCAAUGCAGAUUUGUGAUGAAGUAAAAACAACGAAUGUUCCUAUUUCUCGACCAAACAAAUCAGUCAGUUCCAUUAACAAAACAUCUGAACAGAAAUCUAAUGAAGAAUUGUUUGUCCAUCCUUGGGUGGCAGUGGUGUCCAACAUCUUUGUUGAUCAAAACAGUUGUAGGUAUGAACGUUCUACGACUAUGAGAGAUGGUUGGUUGAAAAAGGGACUUAAGCCUGUCAGGGUUAGACUUUUGUGGAACUACCGUGGUCAUUCGGGAUUUGCAGUUGUAGAGUUCAACAAAGAUUGGACUGGUUUCGGAGAUGCCAUGAAGUUUGAGUCCACAUUUGCAGCUGAAAACCAUGGGAAGCGAGAUUGGCAAAAACUCGGGGCUAAAGGAGAGAGUUUGUAUGCUUGGAUAGCACGGGAGGAUGACUAUAAUGCCAGAGGUGUCGUUGGGGACUAUUUGCGUAAGAAUGGGGAUCUAAAAACUGUAUUGGACAUUCAAACAGAGAUUGAAAGGAAAGAUAAGACUCUUAUGUCUAGUUUAACCAAUAACCUGGAGGUUAAAAAUUUAGAGUAUGAAGAGAGGAAGAAAAAAAUAAGCACAAUUGAAGUUUCCAUUGGCAAUGUUAUGAAGAAGACUGAAGAGAUGGUUCAUUUACAUAACCAAAAGAUUACGACGAUGCGGGAUGAAGCAUAUAAUUACUUGCGUAAUGUUUGGGAUUCUCAUGAAAGGAGUAUGUCAGAAUUAGAGUGUCAAAGGGAAAAGCUUAAGCAGCGAGAAGAAGAGCUGAAAGAGCUUGAAACUGUUACUGAAAAUGAACAAAGGAGAUUUGACCAUGAGAAGAAAAUGAAUGAAAUGGCAAUUUUAGAACAGAAGAAAGUGGAUGAGAAAAUGAUGAACCUGUUGGAAGAGCAAAAGACAAAACUGUGUAUUGAUGAGUCUGAGAAAUUGUUGCAGAAAGAGAAGGAGAAACUUCAUGCGAAAGCUAUGGAUCUGGAAAAGAAAAUCGAUGCGAAGCAGGCAUUAGAACUGGAGAUUGAGCGGUUAAGAGGAGCUGUAGGGGUGAUGAAACAUAUGAACGAGGCUGGAGAUGUGGAUGCGAAGAAGAAGAUGGAUGAAGUUGAGGAAGAACUAAAGGAAAAGUUAGAUGACCUUGAAGAAGCUGAAGCACUAAAUCAGGCACUUAUUGUUAAGGAACGUAUCAGCAAAGAGGAGUUAGAUGAUGCUCGUAAGGAGCUUAUUACUGGUUUGAAGGACCAUCAUCGUUCUAUUAUAUGCGUGAAGAGACUGGGUGAACUUGAUUUAAAGCCGUUCCUUAAAGCAGCAAAGGGGAAAUUUUCUAAAGCAGAUGCAGUGGAAUUGUGCUCUCUUUGGGAGGAUUAUAUUAGAGACCCAACUUGGUGUCCUUUUAAGGAGGAGUAUGUAAUCGAUGAAAAUGAUGAGAAACUUGUAAAUUUGAAGGAUGAAUAUGGGGAAGAAGUGUAUGAAGCUGUGACAAGAGCCUUAACUGAAAUGAGUAUGUACAAUCCUUAUGAUCGUCAUCCUGUGCCAGAACUAUGGAAUUCCAGAGAUAACCGCAAAGCAACACUGAUGGAAGGUGCAGAUUAUAUAAUCAAACAAUGGAAACUACAAAAGACUAAGAGGAGAUAGAUAGAUUGCCCAAACACAGUUCUAUCAUGCCUUUUUCAUAUCAUAUAACUCCGAGUUUUAUUCUAAUUGUUUGUCAUGACUUUCUUAACAUAAGACUUUUCUUUUUAUCUUUGGUUGAUGAUCA